AUGGGUCCGGCUUAUCCCUAUUGGCCGCCGUUUCAAUCUUCGAAGGGCCUUAACAGUGGAUUCAAAGUAGCUAUACACGCUCCUAGCGAGCUCCCGCUGACAAACCUUUGGUACUACCGCAUCGGUCCUUCGUCCGGACUCAGCCUGAUUGUGAAGCCUGAUGUAAUAUUCAAAAUGUCAAACCACCUCCAAACCCUUCCGCCACAACGACGUCAAUGCUACUUUGGGCAUGAAAGAUUUCUACGAUACUUCGCGGUGUACAACCAACAGAAUUGUUUUCUGGAAUGUCUUUCGAACUACACGCUGAUCCGCUGUGGAUGCGUCAAGUUCUCGCUGCGGGCACCUGGUAUGAGGGUGUGCGAUGCCAGCAAGAUCAACUGCUACCUAGCUAAGAUUUUGGCUACCGUGAACUCGUUCCGCAGCGUGGCUUAUGAUGAACAGUACUCUCCAGCUGCCAUGAUCAUUUCGUUCAAGGAACGUCACUAUCUGUCGUUGUGGAGACGCGAACUCAUCAGCACAACCGAUGCGUUGGCCAAGUUGGGAGGAUUGAUCGCUCUACUGCUGGGAGCCAGUGCAAUAAGCUUGGGCGAGCUUUUCAUGUUGAACUACGAGUUCAAACGGUCAUCUUGUCGGCGCAUCCUACGGGAAUACUGCACGGAGAACUUUAUCUACGCUGUGCGAUUGCUCGCCGAUCGACAGCUGCUUAAAUUUGAGAAAUUGUGGUGGUUUCUAUGGAUCGUAGCUGCUUUCACAGCUUCCUGCUACGCCGUGAAGCAGCUGUACCACAAGUGGGACGAGAAUCCCGUGGUCAACGUUUACGCGCCUCGACUGGAGUCCAUUUCUUCGGUUCCGUUCCCGGCGGUGACGAUAUGUCCGUUGUCCAAGACCCGACAGGAUGUGUUCAACGUGACCGAGGCUUACGAGUUGGUGCGCAACGGGACUUCGCUGGGCAGCGAGAGCGAUGGGAUGCUACGUGCGCUAGCUCACGUGUGUUCAUUUUCGCAUCAUUGGAAGAAGUUUGACCAUCGCGAUGACGAGACCGUGCUUCAAACGUUACGGAAGCUGGCUUUUCGUACGGAAACUCUGAUUCAGUGGUGCAUGUGGCGGUACAAGAGUGUGAAUUGUAGUGAGAUGAUCUCGAAGACGCUGACGGAGGACGGCAUUUGCUACACCUUUAAUGCGCUUCCUGCUGAUCAGUUGUAUCGAUCGGGGGUUAUCUCACCUGAAUUUCUUAGUUUUAAAACAACGAGCGUUGCCAACUGGACACAGGAUAGUGGAUACAGUUGGGACGCUGGACCGAACGUGUACCCACAUCGUCCAAUCGGAAGUGGCAUCAAAUCGGGACUGUAUCUGUUGCUGUCAAUGAGGAAGAUUGAUCAGGAGUUGUGGUGUAGAGGUCCUCAUACCGGGUAUAAGAUCAUGGUCCAUCCUCCGGAUGAAGUUGCCGUGAGUUCAGAAUUGUACUUUCGACUUAGUAUCGAAGAUGCUGUUGGUGUCACUGUAACCCCAAAUGUUAUGUACACAUCUCAAUCGUUGAGACAUAUUUCUCCACUGAGACGCAGAUGCUUCUUCGACAACGAGCGUUACCUGCGCUUCUUCAAAGUGUACAACCAACUCAACUGCGCCAUUGAGUGUAUGACAAAUAUGACACUGAGAAAGUGUGGUUGCGUCAAGUUCUCGAUGCCCCGAACUGCUGACACGCCGGUGUGUGACGCCAGCAAGAUCGGAUGCUUUCGAAACAUCCUGAAGGAGGUAUUCGAUUCGCAGCUUAGGAUGGAAAAAACUCGAUCGAUCACUUCUUGUGGAUGCUUUCCGGCCUGUAAUAGCGUUCAGUAUCAGGUGCAAAGUACGCGCUUUCCGUUCUACGUCGAAAAGUAUCGGCAAGCCGCAGGAACGGUGUUUGAGAAAUACAACGACUACGAUCUUUCGGUGAUGUCAGUAUCCUUCAAGGAUAAUCACUAUCUACCGAUUUGGAGACGGGAAUUGUACGGGACUACGGAUGUAAUUGCGAAAUUCGGAGGACUGUUUGCCCUUCUAUUGGGGGCCAGCGCCAUGAGCUUGAGCGAAAUCAUCUACUACAGCUGCAUACGGCCGCUGAGGCGGGAGCGGAUACCUCGGUUAGCCGUCAACUGGAUGUUUGUUCUACCGUGGGUGUGCCGCGAGCGGAAUCCAUUCCGGGUUCCGAGAAACUACUAGGGAACUAGGACGACCUUUGCU